AUGGCCUCAAUGAAUAGCUCAGCAUCAGGUUCCGACAACAUCAAUCAAUGCGAUACAAACAAAUCAGCGGAAUCAGUGGUUAUAGGUAAUACUAUGGCAUCUCCAAUCCGAAAGGAGCAAUUGGCAAAUCCACUUCCAGUAAUAAUGCGAACUCCAAGUGUGCCAUCACCGAAGCCAUCAACGGCAACAUCAAGAGAUCCAAAUCCGAAACGGAGAUGCCUGGCAGUUACAUUUAACAUACCAGACUCAGAAUUAUCUCAUUCGUUACCAAACAUUUCAUUAUUAUCAAAAUGUGUCAAGAAUAUGUCGAUCGAAAAUGAGCCUGAUCGGAAAUAA